AGCUGCUCCUGAAGCUGGCAGGAUGGGCAGGCGGGGGAAGGGACCAGAUUUAAAGGUUCAGCUGCCCCACCCCCUGCCAGACCUGGGAGGGCAGACGCUGGUGAGCAUCCUCUGAGGCCGCCAAGGAAGACUAGUAGCACCCACCAUGAGAUUUCGACGCCUGACCCCUGGCUACUUCCGGGUGCUACAGAUGCAGAUAGCUGGGGAGCUCAAAGCAGAGCCCCGGAGUCCACUGGCCGGGGUAGUGGCUACACUGCUGGCUGUCCUUGGACUGGGUGGCUCCUGCUAUGCUGUCUGGAAGAUGGUGGGGCAGCGGCGGCCGCCACAGGCCUGAUGAUAAAGCCAGGCCCGGCCGGGACUCACGCGCAGGCCAGACAGCGAUGCAGGCCGCCCCCUGGCAGGUCGGGGUCGGGCUCGGAGCCCAGGUCUGGACGAGACCGUGCGGGAACCUGGG